UUUAUAAUCUGUGGGGCAAAAUAUGGCGGAAGCGGUCGAAAUUGUCAAUGGCAGAUUGUUUGUUAUUUAAAAACAAAUAGGUACUUAUUAAUAACGAAGAUGUCUUCAACGGAGCCCUCACAAAAUAAAACAUGGGAGCUAUCCCUUUACGAGCUCCACCGUACCCCGCAAGAGGUGAUUACGGACGCCACCGAAAUAGCCGUGUCCCCACGUAGUUUGCACAGCGAAUUGAUGUGUCCAAUUUGCUUGGAUAUGCUGAAGAAGACCAUGACAACAAAGGAGUGCUUACAUAGAUUCUGCUCGGAUUGUAUAAUUACGGCGCUCCGAUCUGGGAACAAGGAAUGCCCGACGUGUCGCAAGAAACUUGUGUCAAAAAGAUCACUGCGUCCCGACCCCAACUUCGAUCUGCUUAUAUCAAAGAUAUACCCCAGCAGAGAUGAGUACGAAGCUCACCAGGAGCGAGUACUGGCGAAGAUCAACAUGUCUCAUUCCCAAGCGUCUCUAGUGAACUCUAUUACGGAAGGUAUAAAGCUACAAUCGCAAAACAGGCCACAAAGGGCUCGCAAAAAUCACGAGGAAAACACUACUGCUUCUAAUACAAACGGGACUACCGAACCUGCACCCCAAAAUGGCAGCAAUGGUAGUACAUCAGUUCCAAAGGAUGCUGGGUCGUCUGCGAGUAACCCUGCACCGCCCAGUCAGUCGACAUCUAACCCAGCGUCAGUGAGGAGUACUCCGUCUCCUGUCCCCUCGAAUAUCAGCUCAAUCUCAAAAAACACUAGCACCACUAAAAGGGCGAAGUCAAUUUUGACUUCGGAACAUAGCGAGGAGAGUGAAUCUAGUGAUGGCAGAACUGAAGGUGAAAACUCAAUGGACACAGAAGGUGAGGGAGAGCCGCUCAACCCCAAUGAGAUAGAGCUGGUGUUUAAACCCCAUCCCACAGAGAUGACUGGAGACAAUCAGCUCAUGAGGGCACUGAGGGACAGUUCUGUGCGGUACUUGAAAACCACUGCUAAUGCUUCAGUGGACCACCUGAGUAAGUACCUGGCAAUGCGUCUCACGCUCGACCUGGACGCAGAACUACCUGAAGCGUACCGUUUACUCAACUUCUGCAUAUACGUGGCGCCCACACCUGGACAGUUUGUGCCGCUGGCUGGCUCGCAGACCUUGAGGCAGAUCAACGAUAAAUUCUGGAAGGUAACUCAUGUGAACAAACCACUGGAGAUGUACUACUCGUGGAAGAAAACCUAGAAGUGAAUUACAUUUUAGUUAUUUCCAAAUAACUAAAAUGGUACCUAUAUAAUUAUAUAAAGUGGUCAACAUUAGUUUUAAGCAAAUCACUUAAAUAUAUGUAAAAAUGAGCCAUGGACUCUAAAAUUUCAUUAUGUGAUAACUAUUUGGUAUAAAUGAAUGUUUUAAUUAUUGAUUCUUAUCUUAUAAGGAUAAUGAUUAUAAAAUGUAUGUAUGUGAAAAUAUUUAUUUGGCAAUGAAUAACCAAUAUUAAGUAAAUAAUAAAAAAAAUGUAAUUUUUUGUAAUUUGUGUAGUGAAUUGCUGUCAGGCUUGUAUUGUAACUGUUUGUUCGUUCAGUAGUAAAUAAAACUAAAACAAGUAGUAAAGUAUAUAUUACAUAUGAAUAUUCAAUACUGUUAGAUGUGUUACUAGGUCAUGUAAAAUGAGGCGCUCAAAAGAGGAAAUUUCCACAUCAUUUUAAUGUUAGUUGUGGUCUACAACAAAAGUUAUUUAAACAAAUAAUACCUAAAUAUCGUCUGCAUUGUCGAGUUGUGUGUUCAAGAAGUUAAAAAACUAUGUAUACAUAAAUAUAUAAUGGAAUUAAAGACAAAAUUGUGCGCUCAGUGUUGUAGCCUAUUAUUCAGAUCACUUUUUCGGUGAUUUUUGUAUGGACGUAACCAAUCUUUAGUAUAAAAUUAUCAUUGUGAAUAUUAUGAAGUUUUUACUAGGCGGUUUGAAGAUUUUUGUAAGAGCUAAGCAACAUUCCUCCAAAAGGAGAUGGUCCAAAAUUGUAUGGAGCCCAGGAUCAGUCAUUGUACCCUGGCGGAAAUAAAAGUAAAUAUUUUUUUAACUAUUUUCGAUUAUACAAAUCUACGAAUUUACUUAAAUUCUUUCGAAAUAAUAUUCAAUCUCUCCCAAGAAAUGCAAAACUAUUAUGGGUAAUAAUGGCGGAUUGAUGACGUUUUCAUUUUUUCAAUGCACUAGUCGAUUUGACGUUUGCUGUCAAUUGCUAUAUGGGCGUCAUCUUGAUGUAACUCUUAUUACAUGUCAUAGUUGCUAUAUGGGCGCCAUCUUGAUAUAACUCACAAACUUGGGUUUUAAUUUUAUUUAGUUAGAUUCAUUCACUUAUUAAGAUUUUAAUAAAAUCCUUGUAUUUUUUUUAAUUUUAAUGAUUACCCCGUGUACAUACAAGUGUACCGUGUAUGUACAAGAGUGGACUUGAAAUGGACCAUCUGACAUCUCCUUUGUGUUGCACGUUUAUUAGACCUUUAUAAAUUAAUAGAUUGUACUCACCUCUAAUAGGUCAAAAAUCUGUUUGACUUCCUUUAGACUCGAACUCUAAGCUGUCAAGGGCCAGAUUCAGAGGUGGAGGAUAAGCUUAACGUUGGUUUUCCAUCCUUAUGGUCAUAAAAAAAAAAUUAAAUUUUUUGUUAAAUAAAUUACCCUUUGUGUAUAAAAUCUUAAAAAUAAUCUCCUAAGUGAAUAAAAUAUAUUAUACAUUGUUAUAUAAUUUUGACAUUUUGAAUUUUGUGAUGUAUUCACGCAGAUGUGAAAAUAUUUUCGCCAAAUGGAUAUGAAUCGUAUACUUAGGAGAAUGUACAAGAAUUGUGCAAUUAAUAUUAAAUGAAUUUAAAUGGAAUGCAACGUAUUUUUUCUUAUGUGGAUGACAUUUUGUCAAUUAAUUUGUUUUUUUAUUUUGAUGGGUUGUUAAUAAAAAAACAAAAUACGAAAUAGGCCAGCUGAUUGUUUGAUCAAAAUAAAAACUUGAAAUUGGAAUGAAAUGUAUAAAAAAAAAUAACGCAUUCCACAGACAAGAAGUCUGUGGAAUGCGUUAUUUUUUUUUAUUUGGUUUUUAUUGAGUUGCGAAUUUAAUGAGUGAGAUUUGAAGACAUGGCUGUAGUGUGCAAUAUAAAAAAGUAUUUAAAAAAAUUAAAAAAAACAAUUGGCGUGAAUAAUUGAAACUUGAUUUUUUUCAAGAAAUUCAAUGUAAUUUGUGACCGUAAUUUACAUAUUUUGCAACAUUAAUUGUCAUUGUUGUCUUCAUCUGGUGAGAAUGGUGGCCUUAGUUUGGAGAUGGAUAAAAUUUUCAAUCUAUUACCAUCAAAGUCGAGAUGCAUUUACUUAUAUACCUACCCACAAUUUAAUAAGUGGAGAACAGAACAACGAAUGGAUUCACUUACGAAAGUUACACUUACCUCACAUACUCAUUAUUUACUUACAUUUAAUUUUUAAUUAAAAUAAAUCAUUGAUUAUUGUA